AAAUUUUCUCUCCCCCAUUUUCUUCCCUUCCAUUUUCCUUUCCCCCAUUUUCUUCCCUUCCUUCGUAGUUCGUAAACAAGUGUUAAACGACGGCGUCUAUGUAUAAUUCCUUCCUUCUACCUUUUCAUUUCUUCCUCACCAGUUGCCAUUCCGGGCCGCCAUUUUCCAGUCCAACAGAAAGCGGCCAGAAAACAAGAGCAGUGGCCGGAGAAGGAAAAACAUGGGGAGCUUGACCAACAAGCAGCCGAGAAUCUUCAGUGCGCACCACGGCAACGCUCUGCCGCCGUGCACUCGGACUCACCAGAUCGGCGCUCUUCUCCUCGUCUCCGUCACCUUCUUCCUCACUCGCCUCUUUCACCAGUCAUUCUCUCCCUGCACCGCCACUUCCUUCGGAGGCGAUCUCGGCUCCUCCGAUUCCCAGACCCUCGUCCGUGUCUCUGACGCCGGCUACCUGUCGUGGCCUAACCGUGGCUACGGUUCAUUCCUCUCCCUCAAGAUCUAUGUAUAUGAAGAGACCGAGAUUGAUGGCUUGAAAGAGCUGAUGCGCGGUCGAGAUGGCAAAAUAUCCGCCGAAGCUUGCGUGAAAGGCCAAUGGGGAACUCAGGUUAAGAUACACAAAUUGCUGUUGAAAUCAAGGUUUCGGACUAGGCGGAAAGAGGAGGCCAAUUUCUUCUUUGUGCCGACGUAUGUCAAAUGUGUGCGGAUGAUGGGAGGUCUCAAUGAUAAGGAGAUCAACCAAACCUUUGUUAAAGUCUUAAGCCAAAUGCCUUACUUUAGAAGAUCUGGAGGUCGAGACCACAUUUUCGUCUUCCCAAGUGGGGCAGGAGCUCACUUGUUUCGAUCGUGGGUUACGUUCAUAAAUCGUUCAAUUAUACUUUCUCCUGAGGGCGACCGAACUGAUAAAAAGGAUAUAACUGCUUUCAAUACUUGGAAAGAUAUCAUCAUCCCUGGUAAUGUUGAAGAUGGAAUGACCGUGAAAAAACCUACUACAGUUGAGCCUUUACAUUUGUCAAAAAGGAAGUACUUAGCAAAUUAUUUAGGGAGGGCACAAGGCAAAGCUGGUCGCCUUAAGCUCAUUGAGAUGUCAAAGAAAUUUCCAGAUAAGUUGGAAUGCCCAGACUUGAAGUUCAGUGGUCCUGAGAAAUUGGGAAGGGCUGAAUACUUUGAACAUCUCCGCAAUGCAAAGUUCUGUCUUGCACCACGGGGAGAAUCUUCCUGGACCCUUCGGUUUUAUGAAUCUUUUUUUGUGGAGUGUGUUCCUGUUAUUUUGUCAGAUCAAGCAGAGUUUCCAUUCCAAAAUGUGAUCGACUAUUCCCAGAUAUCAAUCAAAUGGCCAUCUAGUCGAAUUGGCCCUGAACUUUUGGAUUACCUUGAGUCUAUACCAGAAAGAGACAUAGAGAAGAUGAUAGCUAACGGGAGGCAAAUAAGAUGUCUGUGGGUAUAUGGUUCCGAAUCUCAGCCCUGUUCUACAAUGCAAGGAAUAAUGUGGGAACUUCAGAGGAAAGUGAGGCAGUUCCACCAAUCACACGAAACAUUCUGGCUUCACAAUCAAACGAUAGUGAACAAGAAUUUAGUUGAGUUCUCCAAAUGGGAACCUCCCAUGCCUCUCCCAUGAUAAUGUGUCCUUGGAAUAGAAAACACCAUCAGCUUACUUGUGCUUUUCCUCGCCACGAUCUACUCGUUGGUCGAGUUGCAGCUGGAGUUGCCUCAUGCUGCUACUUCAGCAGCCUACCCGAAUUUUGCUUGCUCAACAAACUUCCCCUGCCUUUUCAGCACAUUCGCAAGUAAAGUUUUCAGCAUCUCGACUUCAGUAUAGAGAAAUUGUUGUAGUUUCAUAGGAUUCGAAGCUGGGGAAUGUAUAGUGGAUCCAAACUAAAUGUAGAUGGCAGAAACUGAAGAACAUGUAGAUUACUUUAUCUGAGUCUACUGUACUAUUUGUUGAAGUGAUGCAUUUGUAUGGUCUUCUAAUAUUGCAGGCGUUUCUGUUGGGCAUGCACUGUUUAGAUGGCUAAUAUUGCAAUCUUGACAAAACAAGGGUAAUAAAUCUGAAUCAUUUCAGUGACAUUUUUUAAUCUGUUGCAGAAAUAGAGACAUUAGCCUUGUUUUUCACGUACAAAUACUUUGAUAUUUUGAAAAUUUUCCUGCUUCAUCAGGCUUCAAAAUCACAAAAAUUUGUUUACACGUCUUUAGAAUGAUAAACCAAUAAAGUAUAGAUUAUUUAUAGGGCUUCUGUUCCAUUUAACUCGGGUUAAAUGAUCUCAAAGUCCUUAUUUAAACUGAAACCUUUCUAGUGGUGGAAUCUUGUUCCAAUUCUAAUGACAUAAUAGUUAACUAGUCAACCGUUCAAUUGUAGCGGCAACCAUUAUUUUCUUUCUAAUAGCGGAGUCCCAUUGCAAUACUGAUAAGGUAAUGACCAAUCAAUCUAUUGAAGUUAUAGAUCAUUAUUUUCCUUGUAAUGAUGGAGAAUCGUUGGAACAAACAAAGCAGGGGUGUAAGUUUGAUCAUAAAAACCCACUGACUCAUCCCGACAUCAGUUUAGGGUUGGAUCAACUUUUGACCCUAUGGGACAACAUAGGGACGAGUCACUUUUUGACCUGUGGCCUUUAGACUAACUCCAACCCAAGGAUGCGAAUUUGGAGAAGGAUGUUUUUCCACUUUUUCCUCUCCAACCCACAUAAAAAUUGGCUUGCAAAUUUGGAGAAUUGGCUUGUGAGCAAGGAGAAGGUGGAGGAUCCCGCGGUAGCCGAAGCCCACAUGUCGGGAGAGGGGGGGGGGGGGGGGGGGGGGUCGGGGCCUCCACUUUUUUUUUUCUUCUUAAUUUGUGAUUGGUUGGUUUUGAGUUGGGAAGGCAAAUUUAGAAAGUUUAUGGUUGGAGCAAAAGAGUGUUUUUGGGAGGUAAAAAUGCACAUUUGAGAGCUUGAGAGGCUAAAUAUAGCCUUUUGGGUUGGAGUUAGUCUUAGCAACAACAAAUUUCUCAUUCCACAUUGGACCUCUUGUAAAGUUUUAAAAGUUUAGAUACUAAAUUGUAAGCAUAAAA